AUGGUGGUGGUGGUCGUUGUGUUGCACCUCCACCUCACCUCCUCCUUCACUUCCACUUCUACCUCUACCCUGUCACAUGCAAACAUGACUAGCAAGGAAAAAUGGAGGCUGAGAGUAGUCCAUCGCCGCCUCAGUAGUAUUACUAAUGAUACACUUGGUGCUACUCCGGUGGACAUUCUUGGGACCGGUAUACUUUCAGGUUUGCCUCUAGGGGUUACCCAAUAUCUCAUUCAAAUAGGUGUGGGCACCCCUCCGAAGACCCAAUAUCUGAUCUUUGAUUCCGGAAGUGACCUUACGUGGAUUCAAUGCAACCCAUGUAAGUGUUACCCACAGCCAGACCCGAUAUUCAACCCAGCUGGGUCUGCUUCCUUUGCCACAGUGGCCUGCGGCUCCGCAGUCUGUGACGGCCUCCGGAAGCCUGGUUGCCACCAAGGUCAGUGCCAAUACAACUUGACCUAUGGUGACAUGUCCAAUUCCAUGGGCACGCUUGUGCGGGAAACACUAACGUUAGAGCUCGCCAAUAUUUCAAACAUAAUCAUGGGGUGCGCACAUGAGAAUAGUGGGUCGUUCGUUGGAACAGACGGAUUGCUUGGUAUUGGAAAAGGGCCCAUGUCUUUGUUGAGCCAACUUCAACUCCGUGGCUUGGCUGGUAGCAUCUUUAGUUACUGUUUGCCACAUCGAGCCUCCACGGCCGCGGGGUCAUCCGGGUGGUUGGAGUUUGGGCAUGGUCUUGUUGGAGAGCUACCCCAAGGACCUGCAUGGGUGCCUUUGGUCCACAACCGACGGCAACCGACGGCAACCGCGGGUACCCAUUCCGGAAAGCAUUUUUCGGUUGACUAG